AUGCCUGUUUGGUAUAUCAAUCAUAGUCCUAAUGUAUUUUCCGCGGCCGAGAAGCAGCAACUGGCCAAGUCCAUCACGAAUAUCUAUGUCUCCAGCGGUUUACCCGCGUUCUACGUUCAAGUCCACUUCGUGGAGGACGCCGCUGGCUCUGCAUUCGUCGGUGGCGAAAUUCACCCCAAAUUCGCAGGGAUAACAAUCUAUCAUCUCGCGCGUGCCUUCACGAGUGACGAAAUCAAACAGCGGUUUCACUCGCGCGUUAACGACGUCCUCAGCCCUGUGUUCGAACCCAAAGGCAUGGACUGGGAAUACUUUAUUACGGAGGCAUCAAGAGAUCUGUGGAGGAUGAAUGGUCUUGUACCCCCCGCAGCUGGUUCCGAGGAAGAGAAAGAAUGGGUGCGAGUCAACAGAGCCGUGAAGUAUUAG